AUGCAACUGCCGGAGUUUAUCAAGAACCACCAAUCGCUAGAGAAGAGGGAGAUGAAGGCCGAAGGAGUUGACGCUGAGGGCAAGCCCGUCUCCUUUGACUAUACCAUGCACGAGCGGCCCCUCCCUGACCACGAGACGGAUGGAGACGUUACAGCGUGCAUCGAGCUGUCGCUGAACAGGGAGAGGGAGGAGAAGUGGGGGGGUGGGGGGGGGGCGGGGUAUGGGCUGUGCAUGGGGCCGCAGAUGCGCGUGCAGAGGGCAGCAGGGCGCCCAGGGCGCACAGGGCAGCAGGGCAGAAGAGCGCGCAGGGCGCGCAGGACAACAGGGCACGCGUGGCGCGCGGGGCGCACAGGGCAGCAGGGCAGCAGGGCGCGCGGGGCGCGCAGGGCCGCAGGGCGCGCGGGGCGCGCAGGACAGCAGGGCGCGCAGGGCGCGCAGGGCCGCAGGGCGCGCGGGGCGCGCAGGACAGCAGGGCGCGCGUGGCGCGCAGGGCCGCAGGGCGCGCGGGGCGCGCAGGACAGCAGGGCGCGCGUGGCGCGCAGGGCCGCAGGGCGCGCGGGGCGCGCAGGGCAGCAGGGCAGCAGGGCGCGGGGGGCGCACAGGGCUGCAGGACAGCAGGGCGCGCAGGACAGCAGGGCGCACGUGGCGCGCAGGGCCGCAGGGCGCGCGGGGCGCGCAGGGCAGCAGGGCGCGGGGGGCGCACAGGGCUGCAGGACAGCAGGGCGCGCGGGGCGCACAGGGCAGCAGGGCAGCAGGGCGCGCGGGGCGCACAGGGCAGCAGGGCAGCAGGGCGCGCGGGGCGCACAGGGCAGCAGGGCAGCAGGGCGCGCGGGGCGCGCAGGACAGCAGGGCGCGCGUGGCGCGCAGGGCGCGCAGGGCAGCAGGACAGCAGGGCGCGCGGGGCGCGCAGGGCAGCAGGACAGCAGGGCGCGCGGGGCGCGCAGGGCUGCAGGGCGCACGGGGUGCACAGGGCAGCAGGGCAGCAGGGCACACGGGGCGCACAGGGCUGCAGAUCCCCUCCCCCCACUGCUGCACCCGCAGCAGAGGGAUGGAGGAGAAGGGGGGGGGGGGGGGGGGAGCUGCAGGGGGAUGGAGGAGAAAGGGGGGGGGCGGAGGGGGCUGGUGCUGCAGAUCCCCUCCCCCCCACUGCUGCACCCGCAGCAGGGGGAUGGAGGAGAAGGGGGGGGGGGGGGGGGCGGGGGGGGGGCUGCUCCCCCCCCUCCCAACACAAGCAGGGAGAGGGAGAACGAAGUUGGGGGGGGCGGGUUCUCGGGCGACGAGGCAAGGGGCGACGAGGCCGCGGGCGACAGGUCCUCGGGCGAUGUGGCCGCGUGA